AUGUCUUCCUCUCAACCUAAAUUCUUUCCUAUCGACUCCGUGCCGCCUAUGAAGCAAAUGCCAUCCGUCUCUAAAGCCAGCACCUCGAUCGAGGAUUUCCACAAGGUGCUGGAGAAAUCAACGCGAAUUAUGGCGCUCUGUGGUGCUGGAUUGAGUGCAGCGAGUGGACUGGGUACUUUCAGAGGUGCAGGAGGCCUCUGGCGUAACUACCAGGCGACCAGUUUAGCUACCCCACAGGCGUUCAAGAAGGACCCUGGGCUUGUCUGGCUUUUCUAUUCUUACAGGAGGCAUAUGGCGCUGCAGGCAAAGCCGAAUGCGGGUCAUUAUGCUUUAACUGAGCUAUCGAAGAAGCUGCCCGAGUUCAUUACCUUGACGCAGAAUGUUGAUGAAACCCCACCCACUAUCCCGGUUGACGACCUCCCCAAGUGCCCAGAAUGCAAGACAGGUCUGCUCCGUCCUGGAGUAGUCUGGUUCGGCGAAGCACUUCCCGAAGAUACCAUCGAGGAGAUUGAUACUUGGAUUGCAGAGAAGCGCGUUGAUCUCUGUCUUGUGAUUGGUACCACUGCCACAGUACACCCUGCCGCGGGAUAUGUCGAGGAAGCUAGGCAGGCGGGAGCGAGAAUUGUGGUGAUUAAUAUGGAUUCUGAGGAGCUAGGGGCUGCGAGUGGGUUAAGAAAGGGAGACUUCUUGUUUGAGGGAGAUGCGAGUACGAUAUUGCCGGAUAUUUUGAAGCCCAUCAUUGGGGAUCUGGACUUGAAGGGCGGUGUGAAGGAUGGAGCAGAUACAUAG